AUGCAUUGGCUGAAGGUAUCUGGCAGCAACUGCAGUCUGCGUAGCACAGGUAUCUGCUUUGAGUUCAUAGGAGAGACACCCCCGGAAUCAUCUAUUAAUGAUAUUUUAAAAAACCAUAAUGAAAUAAGCAAAAUGAUCGAUAUUAUCAUGAAGACCACUAUCAAUGUCAUCAUCCUAUAUAGUGAAAACCAUGAAACUCCCACUUUAAGAAUGUUGCCCACUUUUAUAGAAUAUUUUUUUAAUCCCAGUGAUAGAAAAGAUAAAGUUUGGAUAAUGCCAGCCCAGAUGGAGUUUACAUCCACUCCAUUUCAAAAAACUAUCACUAUGGACAUUUUCCAUGGUGUUAUAACUUUUGAAGUUUCUUCCAAGGAGAUUUCUGGAUUUAAUAAAUUCCUUCAGAUGAGAAACCCAACUUCAGAAGCAGAAGACCAUUUAAUGAGAGUGUUUUGGGAAGAGGCUUUUGAAUGCUCUUUUACUAAAGAUAAUUUAGAUGAAGAUGCUGGGAAGCUGUGCACUGGAGAAGAGAAGUUGGACAAUCUAACUAACUCUGUGUUUGACACCACCAUGACUGGACAGAGUUACACCGUCUACAAUGCAGUUUAUGCUGUGGCACAUGCUUUACAAGCCAUGUUUUCCCCCAAACACAGAACAAGAGCAAAAGUUGGGAGAGAAAUGUUUUUGACUCAAAAGGCAUGGCAGUUACAUCACUAUUUGAGAACCAUGUCAUUUAAUAACACUGCAGGAGAGAAAAUUUCCUUUAAUGAAAAUGGGGAUUUAGACACUGGAUUUGAUAUUAUGAACUUGGUCACAUUCCCAAACAAUACCUUUGUUAAAUAUAAAGUUGGAAAGAUCGAUCCAGCAGCUUCUCCAAAUAAGCUAUUCACCAUUUCUGCACAAGACAUCACCUGGCCUAGCAUCUUUAAUCAGGUUCAACCUCUUUCUCUUUGCAAUGACCAUUGCUAUUCUGGGUCCAGGAAGAUGAAAAUAGAAGGGAAGCCAUUUUGCUGUUAUGCUUGCCUUCCAUGUGCAAAAGGGAAAAUUUCAAAUGAGACGGAUGCGGUUGAUUGCUCUCAAUGUUCAGAAGACCAAUAUCCAAAUCCGGCUCAAAACCUUUGUAUUCCAAAAACAACCACCUUCCUGUCUUACAAUGAGCCACUGGGAACCACCUUGGGAAGUGUUAGUAUUUUCCUUUCUUUCAUCACAGCUUUAGUGCUGGGACUCUUCAUUAAAAAGCGGGACACUCCCAUUGUCAAAGCCAACAACAGGAGCCUCACCUAUAUUCUUCUCAUUGUUCUCCUGCUUUCAUUCCUUUGCAGUUUGCUCUUCAUUGGGAAACCUGACCAAGCAAAAUGUUUCAUGAGACAAGCUGCUUUUGGCAUCAUAUUCUCUGUAGCCCUUUCUUGCAUAUUAGGGAAAACGAUCCUUGUUGUUCUUGCUUUCAUGGCCACUAGGCCUGGUUCCAAAAUGAGGAAAUGGAUGGGGAAUAAGCUGGCUUUUUCUAUUGUCCUAUUUUGCUCCCUGGCACAAUUUACCAUUUGUACAGUGUGGCUGACAAUUUCUCCCCCAUUCCCAGAUUCUGACAUGCACUCCAUGGCUGAAGAAAUUGUUCUACAAUGUAAUGAAGGUUCAACCACAAUGUUUUAUACAAUGCUUGGCUUUCUGGGGUUCUUGACUGCUGUCAGUUUCACUGUGGCCUUCCUAGCUAGGAAGUUACCAGAUAGCUUUAAUGAAGCCAAAUUUAUCACGUUCAGCAUGUUGGUUUUUUGCAGUGUCUGGAUAUCAUUUGUUCCAACCUAUCUGAGUACCAAGGGGAAAUACAUGGUGGCUGUGGAGAUCUUUUCCAUUUUGUCUUCAGCAGCUGGAUUACUGGGUUGCAUCUUUUCCCCCAAAUGCUAUAUCAUUAUUAUGAGACCUAAUUUGAACACAAAGGGACAGUUAAUAAAAAAAUAA